AUGUACCACCAACCCCACCCCACCACACCCAACCCUACCCUACCCCACCACACACCACCACACCCAACCCUACCCCACCAAACACCACCACACCCAAACCCCCUCAACCCCAUCCCACCACACCCAAACCCCAUCCCACCACACCCAACCCCACCCAACCACACCCAACCCCAGUUCACCACACCACACCCAACCCCACCACACGCCACCACACCCAACCCUACCCACCACACACCACCACACCAAACCCUCCUCAACCCCAUCCCACCACACCACACCCAACCCCACCCAACCACACCCAACCCCACUCCACCACACCCAACCCCACCACACGCCACGCCACCACACCCAACCCUACCCACCACACACCACCACACCAAACCCUCCUCAACCCCAUCCCACCACACCCAACCCCACCCAACCACACCCAACCCCACUCCACCACACCCAACCCACCACACCACACCCAACCCCACUCCACUCCAUCACACCACACCCAACCCCCUCCACCACACCACACUCAACCCCAUCCCACCACACUCAACCCCACUCCACCACACCACACCACACCCAACCCCAUCCCACCACACCUAA